UCUCCUCUCCUCAGCUUUAUGCGGACUGCAGCGAUGCAUUGUGGGAAACUCCCAGGGUGGUUUUUUUUUUUUUUGCCUCUUCCGUCCUCCCUCCCUCCUCUCUGCAGAACAUCCAGCUUCCAAGGUGUGACUUGUGCGAACAACAGUCUGGGGAGAGAAGGUUCCGUGUCAUGUCCUGGUGAAAUAUUGGCAGAGUGAGAAGGUUGCCGGGACGACGGCUACCAGGGGAUCCAUUUGAGGUCAAUUCAUCAGCCUGCCUACACCAGGUGAAAGCAACGUGGGUACAUAUAGCUGGUAGUAAUAUCCUGAGAGCCGGCCCUGUGAAGGUCAGGCCACCCCCCACCCCCCUACUGCACUCAUAGGGAUGGAAUCUAAAGGAAGCACCCGAAGCGGAAGCAAACCUGAUGCCAAGGCCGCCAGCUCAGGAAAGCCAGAGAAGCCCAACCCCGGGCCUGCUAUGAACGCAGACAAGAAGGAAACCCCCUCCAAGGAGCAGCCUGCCCCUGUGGCCACAACGAAGAAGGCAGCCAGCGAGGCAGCUGCACUGAAUAACCACAGCAAUCUGAAAUCCAGCCCUGCGGCCCCGGAGGUGCAAGAGGCCACCGGCCAGUCCCCUGACUCUGAGCACAAGGGAAACGGCGCAGAGGAAUCCUCAGGCAGUGUCUUCGACAACGUGAAGCCACUGGCCAUUGUUGGAGGUGUGGUGGUGGCUGCCAUUGCUAUAAUUCUGGGAGUGGCAUUCCUAGCCCGGAAAAAAUGAAGACCGAGAAAGGGUUGGGGGAGAGAAAUAUAAUCAACUGUACAGUUCCUUUUGAAACACAUGCAUGCAGUAAAUUCUAUACAUAUCUAUACAUAUAUAGAGAGAGCGCUAGAUAGGGUAACUACAGCACCAACAACUACUCCAAAAGUCUUGUUCCAAAGGAGCUGUGCCAGUUUGACCAGUAUGGGUACUCCGUGCACUCAAUAUGCGCUUUCAUGUAAUAUAACUUGGCUUGUACAACCCUGUAUAGAUUACAGCUUCUCCUGAUCAGUGUAAAUGCCAGUGUCCCCUCCCCCACGCUCCUCCCCAGGAGACUCCCCACUUUCCCAUAGUCCCAGCAUUUCCAAGCAGAGGUGUUCUACAUCCCAUCCUGAGACCCUGCUCUAUUUAUUUUGAUUUUUUUUAAAUUGGGUUGUGGUAGAGAAGAGGAAAGGGAGAAAAGGAACAGUAAUAAGACCCAGUUCAUCAAUUAUUGUGGUUUAUUAUUAAUAUCAUACCCCAGCUUGUGCUGGGCGCUUUGCAGACAUGUAAGAUGGCAGCUCCGAGCUUCUGGCCUAAUAUGUACAUUAUGUUCCAAAUGCUUAUCACCCAACCUUUAAAAACAAACAGACAAGACAGGAGUAACCUAUAGCCGGAGGUGAGCUGACUGUGUGAUAUAGAAGAGUGUGGAUCAUAUGGCAUUAUGUCUGAGAUGCAAACCAGUAGCUACAGUGAAGCUCAAGGGGCAAAUAUGUCUCACUGAGCUCUACAGUGCAGUUUGCAGCCCAUGGAGACAACAUACAAGGCUUGGAGUCCCAUCCCAUCUUUAGUCAUACAGAGGACAGUUUCAAUCUGCUCCAUUUUAUGUAUAUUGGGGGCAGCCCCAGGCACCCAGCCAUUUGCCAAUGCAGAUAAGGCCAUUGGGACAGAGUUUGGGCAUUCCUGCCCUAGAGGGUGAGAGACUGUUUUGGACAUAAUACAGUAUUUGAUAAACUUAAACUGGCCUCAGCAGAGCACUUAGGGCUCAAUCCAAACUGCACUGAUGUCCGCUGGAGGUUUUCCGUUGACUUCAGUGGGCUUUGGCUCAGGCCCUUAAUCCUGGUGCUUUUCCAUAAAAGCUUGCGGCAAAGGUAGAAGAAAAGGCAGGCAAGAACUGGGCUUUAAGGGCAAGUAGCACAUGGAGCACUAUGAGAAUGAUAUACAUGAUCCCCUUUAUGCUGGGAAAACCAUGUGCAAAAGUGAUGAAAACAGAUUUUGUUUGGAGAGAUCUUCUACCGCCUGAUCUGAGUCUACCAGGAAAAUGUGAAAUGCCCAUGUCUUGAAAGUGGAAACAAUUUCCCAAAGCUUGGAAACAGCCUGGUUUCUUUGCUGGGGCGGAGGGGAAGGAGGUGAGAUCUAAAACCAGACCGUGGGUAGGAAGGGAGAAGUAAGGGAGGGGAUAGAUGGAGGCUCCAUUUACUACAUUCAUUGAAGCCUUUCCCAUGACACUGAGAAGAUGGGACACCCAACUCUUCUGAGGAUGAGUGACCUUUCCAGACUCAGAACUUCCAUUACGACCCCUAUUUGCUGCUGCUGCUAUCGUAUGGAAAGGAUUCUUUAUCCAAUGUUUUGUUUUAAACAGAGCCAGAAUUGAAACAGAAUAACCCAAAGAGUCAUUGGAACUCAGCAGUAGUACUUGCUAACUGGUGAGUGAUACACAGGAGUGUCACAGUUUUGCAGCGAUGAUUGGCAAAGAUACUUUUCAAAAGCCAGAGAAACCGGUCCAAAUUCAGAGGAAAUGUAGAAGCGGGGUGUAAGUUACAUGUCUGGAAGGGAGCCUGAGCACCUGGGCAUAUAAACCAGUAUAAGGGCUAGAUGAAGCAUCAAUUAUGCCAAGUCUCUUAGUUUCUUACACCAGAUAUCUUGCAUCUUCCACUGACACAUCUAGUAUUGGCCACUCUUGGUUGACAGGAUACUGGACUGAAUGGACCACAUAUCUGAUCCAGUCUGGCAAUUCCUAGAUGUCUAAUUCAGAGUCCUUUAAGAAUUUGUCCUACUGAGUGCAUGUGGCUCAACAGAAUAUUUGGGCACAGUUUAUUUACAAAUUCCCUUCUCUUCUUGCAGUUAGAUUUUUCACCAUCUUUUCUAUGAGGCUCUUAAAAUAUUCCCAGACAUAUGUGGCCUCUUUGGGUAUAAAAUUCUAUCUCCUGGUUUCCAAACUAUUAUGUGCUUCCGAGUUUUAACCUGCAUAUGUUCUUUUCCAUUGCACAGACUGAUGCAAUCUGAUCAGGUUUGCCCCAUUGUUGAAACAAGUGCUAACAACCACCAUGCUUAAACUUGAUAGGUGCUAGCACUGUUUCACCUGUAUUGUGGACAGGAUUUAUAACUCCACCUUGUAAUACACUCCCUCCUGUACUGAGAAGGCUAUGGGAAAACCUUAGUAAGAAUAGGUUAACUACAUCAUGGGGGAUUCCUUGUUAUUAUCUACCCAGAAGGCUGUUUGGCUGCUUGUUUCUUUAAUAACCUUUCCUUGUUGGGGAGCUAAUGUGUCCCCAUGAUGUUUUGCAGAUGAUGAGAUGUUAAUUUAUAAUUGUAAGCUGGGGUGAGGAUAGGGUGAAAAGAGGGAAGUGAAAAGUAUUGACCCCUGAGAUGGGGAAGAAAUCAUAACUGUCUAGCCUGACUCCUGCCAAGGCAGGGUCAGUGACUCCUAGAACUUAUGAAGCAGAGAUUUGAUUUCUAGUUUCAAGUGUAAGUUACUUCAAGAGAUGCUUCCCUAUUUGUUGCCCUCCCAUUUAGUUCUGGCAGAUGUGUUUUCCAGUGGAGUGUGUGAUAAAAAUCACAGAUCUAGCUCCUUUCUGUUCUGAACUAACCAGGGUAGACAGAAAUUCAAGGAGGAAAAGGAAACAUUGGAUGCUUCGCAGGAGCCCUCCUCUCUUUCUCUUUUUAAAAGUAUUUUAACUUGAUUGCAUUCAUCUUUGGAAAACCGAGAAAAAAAGUUCUGAGCUGGGAGGGGCCUAACUGCAAAACUUCCAUCCAGAUUUGAACUGUUCCCCAAAGCAAUAAGAUACGUGAUUUGGAUGCAGGGCCAUCUCUAGUUCUAAGCCAAUAAUUUCCUCCUGAAAUAGGCCAGGGAGGUUAUUGAGACACGGGAGACGGUGACGGUGGGAGGACUAGAACUCGUCAUCUUGAAAAAUAACCUUGCCCUCAAUCAUAUUUAUGGCCGUGAAGAAAUAGGUUAGGUCUCUAGGGGAAUCAUUCACUUACUGUAAUUGCUCGGUACUGUGGUCCACUGUCAUGACUCAUUCUCCAGAACCCAGCACAUUUGCUGGUCUGAAAACACCCAUUUUUGUGUGGAUGUGUACAAACCCACCGCCUGCUUGAAGAAUAUUACAUGUAUAUAUUACAGUUUACUGCAGUCUUUGUAAAGCUACACAACCCAUAUUUUUUGUAAAGAAAAAUAUUGAGACCACUCUUUAUUUGUGCACCUGCAUUCACACAAAGUGUCCAUGUUUUCGUUUUUGUACCAUUUGCAUUCUGCCCAAAGCAACAUUUCUGGUCACGGUUUCUUACCACUAAGAGAAUGUCUGGCUAGGAAACUCCUGAAUAUAUAGCGUCCCCAUUGUGCUACAAGCUAAUAAUUACUGUCUCCCCACCUUCCCCAAUAGUCACGUGGGCUACUUUGCUUUUAUAAAGGUACUUCCUCUUUUCAAGUAUUUUGGAAUGUGUCGUGUUGUGUUGUAGUGGAACUAGUGCUGGUUUGAGUCUGGUAUAUCACAAGGAGGUGCCAUGCAAGCUUCCUAAACACACAGGGUUUCGGUGCCCUUCAGUCCUGACUUGCAACUACCUUUGAGCAGAUGCUGUCUGUUAUACCUUUGUGCUGCACUGCAUGGUGGUUUCCUGUUGAGCACAGAAGGCCAGUGAGAACUAGACUGAGAAGAGCAAAUGAUCUCUCUGUUGGAACCUACGACAGAUUGAAACCCCAUUUGUCAUGAGGCAAAAGGCUAACGAAUGAACUUGCUGUGCUAAAUAAAUAGUUGUCCUGUUUUGCGGCAGCACUGAGCACACGCCUUUAUUUGCUUGAUGUUUUGUGUUGUGUUUGCUGUAAUAUGAGGUCCUCUUAGUGACGUCUCCUCAAUGAGAAUGAAUUAAAGCUUGAAACGGGUAAGAUUCCGGCUUGGGGGUUUGUAGGGAUCUAGAUUGCUAGUUUACUCUUAUUGAUGCUGUUUAUAAAUUAGAAAUUUGAUAGAUUAACUAUACAAACACUGCAGUAGAAAAUGCAGCUUAUCUUUAAAACAACAGAUUCAAUUACUACAUUUGUUCUAUUUUGAAGAAGCCACCCCUCUCGACCUAAUGCAAGUUACAUGUCUGGAAGGGGUUUCCCCUGUCCCUAGCUCUGUAAAGCUGACAUUGGCCACCUUUCCUCUGGUGGGGCCUUCUUUUGACUCCAAUGGGCUUUGGAUCAGGCCCAGGCCUCUUAAUAGUUCUGCUGUGGGAUAGAAUCACAUCUGAGCGUGAGGGAUGCUCCAACAGCGUUUUCAGCAUCGUGAGAAUGUGUUCUGCUUUCUAUCUCAUGUAGGCCCUGAUUCACCAAAAGCACUUAAGCACAUACUUAACUUUAAGUAAACCCGCUGCCCUUCAAUGUUACAUGCCUAAGUGCUCUGCUGAAUCAGGGCUUUGGGGGCUGAUCCAAAAAACAUGAAGAGGAGUCUUUCCACUAAUUUCAAUAGGCUGUGGAUUAGGCCGUUAGAGCUAUUUUCCCAUUUUCUCUUCUUCUUCUUCUUCUUCUUUAUUUGUAUUGUGGUAAUGCCUGGCAUGGUCCCUCUGUGCUGGGUUAAUUUCGCUCACAGGGAAUGGGGAAAACAAUCAUUAGGUUUGAUCUUAAAGGGUUCCACGUGUGGAGCUCUCACAUACUUCAGGUUCUAUCCUUUGAUCUCAUGGACCGCCAGGGAAACCAUAAGCAGAGACUAUGAAGAGCGUCCUUCUCACACGGUGCAUCCAAACCUACUGCUCCAUUUACAUCUAGUGAAUUACUCCUAGCCCCAAAAUAUAAUGUAUUUUAAAACAAUUCUUAAAUAAUUUAAGGACUUGGAUCAUCAAGAAAUGACUUUUCUUGGCCCAUUGAUUUUCAAAACUCUUCCAACCCAAUCUUGAUUUUAGUUUAAUCCUUCACCAAAGUCCAUCUGUUGCACAUACUGCUUAUUACUUUUAACAGCAUGUCCAAUUGUAUUAAGGGCAUUGAGUGUAGGCUGAUAAACGUUAGCUAUUAUGUUUAGUUUGUGGCAGAUGAUGAGGUGAUACCUAAAUUAGACUAUCAAAUGACAUAAAUUAUAUUUAAUGUUCCUCUCCUUAGGCUAGACUGUCAUAGCCUUGAUCACACUCAGCAGCACCUUAUUUCCCAUUGACUUCAGAGGGACUAAUCAUGUAAGGUACUAUGUAGCCUAAAGAUAUUGUAAUCUGGCCCAUAGACAGGAGACCCACUGAAGGCCACAUGUGUCAUUCAGUCCAAUGUCUUCACAGGGCUACUCACUAUGUCAUUCCAUAAUGAUGGUGCUUUGAGCAUGUGCCAUUGAGACGAUCAUUUCAUUGCACAAUUUUCUCAUGCAGUUAAGAACUUUUCCUCAUUAGCUGCAGGUUUUUGCCCUUUUUCCAGCCAUCAUCGGAGAAUAAAUUCUGCACUUCCAUUAACUGUUAGGUAUUCAUAGGCUAUGACCAAGUUCCCUCCAUCACUCCAAAACUCAUUUCUAGUUUAUAUGGGCCAGAUCCUCAGCUGGAAUAAAUUGGCAUAUCCCCAUUGACUUGAAUGGUGUUACACUGAUUUACGUCAGCUGAGAAUCUGAUCCGGGACAUUUGUUUCCUUACACUUAAUGGCUUAUCCUCCAAUUUUGGAAUAAUACUUGCUUCCCUUCUUUGCAUUUUAUUUAGCAUUCCUAUAAUCUUCCCAAGCAAUUUUCCAAGUGUGCUCUCGCCAGGGCUAUGCGGAAACCAGAUUUAUGUGACUGUCACAAAUGCAGGAGUAGAUUUUUAACAGUCCAAAGAAUAGCAAAAGUUAUGCCAUUUAAUAUAUAGAUGGCAUACUCAGGGGCUAUAUGUCCCAGGCGGGGAAGGAGGUGCACAAGCUUUUAAUCUGCUAUAGUUACCCAAGUCACAAGUAAAUAUUACGGCCCAAGUCUGCAAGGUGACGAGUUUCCUCAAUUUCCAUUGAAGUCAAUGGAAGUUGGGGACAUUCAGCACCUCACAGUAUUAGACCCUUAAUUUGCUAGUCUCAUUCUAGUCCUCAUUAUUGCACAUCAGUGACUCACUACAUGAUUGGCACUCUGUUCAAGGGAGGCCCCCAACUGGAGCACUGAGGAAUGAUUGCAGGUCAGGGUUGAGAUGCACUGGCAAAGCUGCAUGAGGGAAGCUACCACAGUAUUUGCAUGCACUCUGCAUGGCUCAAGCCAGUGCUAUUGAUCCUUCAGUUAUCUGAGUGCAGAGAUGAAAGAAAUUAAAUAUAUUUCGUUGGACAAAAGACUUGAGGCCUGAUUUUGAACUAGGUCCAUGGCAUGGAUCAUAGUGGGCCUUGGAAAUCUGCUAAUGUGCAUGGCACAUGCUUGUAUUUCCCCCGCCACAAAAUAACAGGUUUGAAGUCAGUGCAUCAGCUGGGCAUAGAAAAGUUUGCAAGCUUUGUUUCCAUGUUGGUGGGCUGUUCAGAUUGUGUUGUCCCAUGGGGCUAGGUUAGUGUGAAGAUGCGCUCAUCACAUGGCAAGUUCACAUUGCCUUGAAACAGCAGCUUUCCCAAUCAGAUGAAUCUCAGAGCAGGCAAACACUAUGGAAGACCACAAGUUACUGGUCUUAGCUAUUCACAGAUGUGGCUCUACCUUCCACUGCUGCAUUGCCCCCAUCUUAAAAUCUCCAUUGAGUGCAAACGCUGUCAGUGACUCACCUGAUAUGUAGUGAUGUGACCGAGUUUACCACGAGCAGUGAGAGCAGAAUCUGCUGUUCUACACUACUUUUCAAUGAUAAAAUAGAACUGGUUAAGAUCUACAACAUAUUCACAUGCCAUGCCUGUUCCUACUUCCCCCACGUGAACUAGCUCCUACCCUGGAGUCUGCAAUCUUCCCUGCAUAGCCAUGUUCCCAUUCCACCCCACCUUGGUUUUCACAGUUGGAUCUGGCCCACUUAGGGAUCUGGGCCAGGAUCCCAAGAAUCAAAGUUUUUGCCUUGAUCUGCCCUUGCACGUUGAUGCUACGGUGCAACAAUGCCCAGCAGUGAGAGAGAAACUUUCUGCCUAUCUUCAUCAAGCCCUGCAGUAUGUUCCAGACUCUAACGCUGUAGCUUCAAACAGUCCAAAGUUUCUAGGGCAAAUCAACAAGGACAGCAUAUUUCCCCACCUCCUUUCUUUUUUUAAAAAAGGAAAUUGUUUGACUUUAUUAAGUUUUGAGCAGCCCCUCUUAACCCUGGUGCCUUUUCCUGAAUCACUGGUUAGGAACCUUUCUAAAGAAAUCUCUAAAACAUGCAAUUCCAGCUAUCCAAAGACACUCCACCAUCUGCUAAGGUAGGUUUAGGUUCUUUAUGAGGUAUCGGAGAAACUAAAGGUAUAUAAAGGAAACUUGCUGGUCUGAUUAAAGGGGAUUUUUUUUUAAACUAGUAAUUCUUAAGAGCCUGAUCCAAAGCCCAUUGAAGUCAAUGGAAAGAGUCCAGCACAUUACUGGGUGAAGCCACGUUAGUUUGCAACCAUAUUUGAAGUCAGUGGGAGUCUUUCCAUUGGCUUUGGAUCAAGCCCUAAAAGUUUUCCAACUAAUAGUAAUUAUCAGAUGACACCUUGAUUUUUUUCCCUAUACAGACCUACUGGUCACGCACAUAAUUACCUGUGUUUAACAUACAGGUUUGAUUUUUUUUUUGCUUUCAGAGACAGUAUGCUGCUGGGUACAUUUCCCAGGGAAAAUGGACACCUACCUACACACAAAAGCUAUACAGCUAAUUUAUACCUUUUUGAAUUUAUAAUCUUGUCUAUGCUUCUAUGGACACUUUGUAUGGGCUGCAGCUCAAAUCCUAAAAUAGUAAAGAAUUUUUCCUUUCCCAUAUAGUAUUCUCUUUACUUUGACUUUAAAAAAAAAAGCGUAUAAAUGCAAUAAUGCAGGUAGACUAGAAAUACUAGAUUGAAAAUUAAAGUAGUUUAGCUUGUCCCAUUGUGACUUACAGUGUUGUAUGACACCCAACGCUGUAUCCUAGCAUUCUCAAGGCUUCCUACGUAGCUGAAUCUAGUAUUAGCUUUGAAACCCAUUGUGUGAAUGGUGGGUGGGUGGAUUGGAAAUGUGUACUCUCUACACACUGUAUGUUACUCACAUCAGAAGCUGUAUGGCCACUCCAUAUGCUGUGAAACUGUAAAUGAUUCCAAAUACACCUGUAACUCUUAUCAGGAUUGUGUGAAAUAAAUUAUAUAUAUAUAUAUACA